AUGUCAGCAGAAACAGGACUACAACCGGAGAUGGCAAACGUCGACCGACCUAAUGAAGACCUGCCUGUCGCCGCUGAACAAAGUGAUGAUCUUUUCGGCGAGGACCCUAACGGAGAGUCUGUUGAUAAUGUCGCCAAGGCGCCUCUCGACAAUGUUGUCGAUGAUGCCGACGCACUCAAGCCGGCGCCGGCUGCGACUGACCUCUCGGCCAAUGGUCCGCCGACUCCCGCCGACUCGCAAACUGUCGAUGCACCUACAUCCGACGCUGCUCCAGUGACAGAACAAUCAUCUGGCAUUGAAGGCGUUGCAAAAUUCAUCCCGUCUGACGCGAACCUCGAGCAGCCUGUCGUCUCGCCAUCAGAGCCCCUUGGCGACGGAGAAGCGCACAUCACUGAGGACACUGAAAUCACUGAUGCACCUUCACUUACGACCGCAACCGACACUCACUCUGCCACCGUGCCGGAACCUCAAGUGACUGAAGAUCCAAAGCCUGCCGUCACCGAUGGUGUUGUUGCCGCCAACCCUGACUCAGAUCAACUCGCAGCCACAGAUCUCUCCAACGGUGUUGCUGACCAAUCAAAAAUCGACGACAUAAAACCCGCAUCAGAUCUUCCUCUCACCAACGGCUCUACCUCCGAUUCGACUGCAGCAGCUGGAACAUCCUCCACUAUGGAAGCUCCCACUGCGCUAGCGCCUGCCGCGCUUCCGGCAGACACAUCGAUCGACCAAGAAAUGUCAGAUGCGCCCUCAGCAGGAACUGUGCGCGCACGCGAAGAAGAUGAUGCGACUGGCGAGCCUUCAGCAAAGCGCACAAAGACAGGAGAUGAUGUCAACGGCAAAGAGCAAGCCGAAUUUGAAAGCUCUGCUCAGGCUGCACCUGUCACUUCGAAUGGCGGAACUAACGGCAUCGCUGUUCCUGUCGUUCGCCCUCAAAACACACCCCGCAUCAGCUCUGGUCCUAUCACUAAGAAUCAAAAGGCCUUCUUGAUUGAANAAAUGAAGAACACCAAGAAAGUGAAGUCUGCCUUCUGGUUUACUAAGCCUGUUGACUACGUGGCUUUGAACAUUCCCCACUACCCAACCAUCAUCAAACAGCCCAUGGACCUUACAACAAUUGAGCAGAAACUCAAGAAUGACCAAUACUCGUCGGUCGACGAUCUUGUAUCUGACUUUGAGCUCAUGGUCACAAACUGCUUUACCUUUAACGGCAUUAACCAUGCUGCUUCUGUGUCAGCACAAAACCUCAGAGCCUAUUUCAUGAAGCAGAUGCAAAUGUGCCCCACUGGAGAAGCUGCAUUGCCUAAGGCAAAGUCCCAUGUCGCUAAGAAGGCAUCGCCCAAGCCUGCUGCUCUACCACGCGCCGAGCCAGCCAAGCCCGCCGCACCAGUCAAGUCGCCUUCUGGCGAGACGUUUGCUCUUCUGCCCGAUGGAACACCGAUGAUUCGUAGAGAUUCGACUGCUGGCAGACCCAAGCGGGCUGUCGUUCCUCCAGCUCCCCGCGAUCUGCCUUAUUCAACAUCCAAACCCAAGAGAAAGGNNGAAGCACAAACUGGUCUCAAGUUCUGCGAGCACAUUCUAGAAGAGUUCCGCAAGCCCAAGCACGACCGCUACGCCGCUCCGUUCCGCAUUCCCGUGGAUCCCGUUGCUCUCAACAUUCCUCAGUACUUCAGCAUUAUCAAGCACCCCAUGGACAUUUCUACGAUCACCCAGAGGCUCAAGGGAGGACAGUAUGCGUCUGCUGAAGAGUUCAGAAAUGAUUUCGAGUUGAUGUUUUCCAACUGCUUCAAGUUCAACCCUGCUGGAAACAUCGUGCACGACAUGGGCAAAGACUUCCAGACCGAGUUUCACAGAGAGUGGUCCAAGAAGGAUAGCUGGAUAAAGAGACACACACCUCAAUCUCAACGCGCUAGUCCCGUGUCAGAUGUUUCUGAUGGUGAUGAUUCUGAUGAUGGCCACGAGGAAGACGACGAGCAUGACAGCAACGAGGCUACAAUCUCUCUGCUCAGAGAGCAACUGGCCGCAAUGCAGAACAUGGUUGCAUCGAUCUCUGGCGGUAAACGCGCAUCUCCCAAGGCUUCUGGCAGCAAGAAGAAGAGCAAGAGUGGCAACACCGGCACCAGCAAGCCCAAGAAGUCGGGCGGCAGCUCUAGCCUUUCACGUCCUACUAUCAAGACCAGUUCCAAGCCUAAGAAACAACGCCUGGUCACAUAUGAUGAGAAACAGGAAAUCAGCAGCGCCACAGAACACAUGAGUGCCGAGCAGGUAGAGAGGCUGACCAACAUCAUCACGGAGAAUGUUGCUAAGUACAAGGACAUGGCUGGUGAUGAUGUUGAGCUUGAGAUCGAUGAUCUGCCCAAUGAAGUACAGCACAAGCUGCUUCGUUACGUCCGCACUAUCUUCCCGAAAGCUGAGCCGGUCGAAAUGGAUGCCAACGCGAUCGAUGACGACUACGAACCCGAAAAGCCGUCAGCACGUUCUGGCGGAGCUGCAAAGAAGAAGCACAAGCCCAUGAAGAAGCACGAACAAGAGGACCGCAUCAGACAGCUCAAGGAGCAGAUGGCUGCCAUGUCUGGUGAUGUCAACUCCGUCGCUGGUGGUGCGGCACCCUCAGCUGCUCACCGCGCCGAUUCUAGUGAUGACGAAGACAGCGAGAGCAGUGAAGAAGAAUAG